GCGGGGAUGCGGAGGGGCUGCGCUCGGCCCCCGCCCGAGGUGGGGUCUGCGGCCGGCUCCGCAAGGCCGGCUGCGGGAGCCUGCCUCGGGUCGUUCCGAUUCGGUACGGGCGGACGCGGGAUGCGGGGCGAGCCCCGUGGAUAUCGACAUAUCAGCGUUCCCGGCAGAAAUCGGAGCACUUGCCCAAAGGCGGACAGAACGAGGGGUAGCUUGGAGCAGGGAACCCAACCCAAGCACCUCCCGUCGCGUUACCCUCCCUUUGCUCUCCUGCCUCGUGCACAUCUGUGGUACCGAGAGCAGGUCUAUUAUUCCUGUGGCGCGGUGGUGGAGUCAAUGGAAAGAGGCCUGAUUUUAUCACCAGGAUUUCCAAACAACUACUACCCGGGGACACACUGCGUUUGGCAGUUCUUCAUUCCCAUAAGAAUGCAUCUCAUCUUGGAAAUUUUUGACUUUGACAUUUUUGAGAGCUCAAGUGAAACUCCAACCCCCUGGGAUGGCUUUCCAGCUGCUGCGAUAACAGGAAAUAAGGACGUGACUCCUCCCGAGGAAAACCUGGACUUUGUUCUCCAGACUACAGAAUCCUCUCUUCAGAGCUGGACGUCCAAGGCAGCUCAGAAUCUGAGCGGUGCAGGAGAUCAGUCAGAAGGACUUCCUGGCCACCUGGACGAACUUCCAGGAGCAGCCUCAAAGAAAGGUGAAGCCAAACAGACGUCCGAAGGAAACCGGCCAAAACAGAUGAAGGAACGCAAAGCGAUUAUGGAGACUCAAACAGAAGAACAGCCAUUACCUGAUUCCGAUGGCGCCAGAACACAGAGGCAAAACGUUAGCGGCCAAGAAACAAAAGAAGGUUGGAAAGGCAAUAUUUUGUUUGCCCACCUAGCUGCUAGUGAGAGAGAUGAAAGUCUGGGAGAGAGCUGGACGCUUCCCACAACAAUACUGCCAGUGGAAAUCUCCAGCCAGCAGCCGGCAGUGGAUGUCUGUCCCCACGACGUACUGUAUGUUUCAGAUCUCAUCACGUUUUCCUCUCGUUUCUGUGGACCAAAUUCACCUUUAAACAGGACCAUGGUCUUUGGUUCGUCUCUGGAAAUGGUUGAGGUUAUCAUGGAACUCAUUACCACCACCAACCGGGGCAGAGGUUUCGCAAUGCUCUUUGAGUACAAGAACAUCACAGAACCCAGCACCAUGGAUGCUGUGAGGCAGGAGAGAAUGGAAAACGUACUGAUGCUGGCAAUUUUAACAGGGACUGUCUUCUUUGUACUUGCUUUGCUCUCUGCCCUCUGCGUAGCUUGCAGGCAGAGAACGUGCCCCAAAAGGAGCUCAUCCAACGUAUGCGGUGACCAGGAGAAUGGGAUCCAGAACUCCGCUGUUGAUAUCAAUGAGCUCCAGCUCGUGGUGCCAAGUCGGGAGAAUGAAAACAACAACCACUCUGUCAGCCGGGAGCAGGCGGUCACUUCCUGCACAGGCAGCACAGAUCAGUCUCCUCAGGAUACUGACCCAGACGUGCCCUCUUCCACCUCUGCAGUGACCACUGAGACAGGGAGCGAUGAAGUGUUUAUUAUUUCUGCUGGACCUGGAGCCAGUGGACUGAGCUUUACUACCUACAGAAUACAGGACAAAAACCUAAAAAGAAGUGUCACAAGCCCAGGCUCCGUGUCUGACUGGGUGACGCCUGGUCACACGGCCGCAGGAGCAGAUGCUGUUGAGAAGAGGAACGUGCAGACGGAGAAUCACCAUCCCAGGCAACGCACGUGGAGUGCCCGCACUUUCCAUGACUUCCUGGCUCCAAUACCACAGCUACAAAAAAAGUGGUGUAGCUGGACCACCAACAGCCCCUUCACAAAGCUGGUUGACAACAGUGGUUUUCCUACAGCUGCAAGAAUCCAAGGUGUUCCAACCAGAAAGGUGAUUUCAGCCACCGAGAUAGAGGGACCUUCAGAAACGGUUUACUCCGAUUCAUCUGUCAGCAAUGCCUCAUACCCCCUCACUCUGUCUGCACAAAGGCAGCGGAAGCUAAGCUCCUGCAACCUGAAGAAAUCCAGGUUUGGAAAUCAUUACUUUGGAUUUUUAGCUGGUUCCCCUGACAACAAACGCGUGAGGUCCUUGGAUUCCUCCAGACAUCUAGGGGCAGCAUCUCCAGUUAACAGCCAAAGCCCCAAGAGCGCUCUAGAGAGCUCCAACCCCUUGAAAAUCAACUUGGCCAAUGCUUCAAAAACAAAGGACCUUGGGGGAGAAGCAGAUAAAAACAAACCAGUUUUUGUCAUUUCUGAAGAAGGAGAUGAUCAGCAGCCUCUGGUCCUAGCUGAACAUCUUAGUCAAUGUGGAGAUCAUCUGUCUGAACCAAAUGCUGUGUAUGCAGUAACAGUGCCAGAUAAACAACCAGUGGUUCUGACUGUGGAGGGCAACAGUUCUGCCAGUUCAACAUCAAAUCUUCCAUUCUGGGCAAAAUCUCCUGGUUUGUACAAAGGUCAGGUGAAGGUCCCUAACUCUUCCAGGGACCAGCAGAGCUCAUCAGUUGUAGAUGCUAAUAGUAGUGAGACCUCACAGAACUUUGAUACCCUGGCUGCUCCUACACUAUGUCAAGCUUCAGUCCAGUGAUACUCUCAGAAAGACCGAAUCACCCGUUCACAAAAAGAGAGGCAGCAGGCACACGAACAGAGUGGAAGCAGUGCCAAGCAGUUGUGUGAUUGACAGCUAUACAUGGACACAGCUUUGUUCACAGAAUAGUCUUUGCCUCACCACUGGGAUUACAGCUACACCAUCCUCCCUUUUACUCAUUAACCUCAAACCUAUUCUUCUGCAUGGAAUUUUGAUAUGCUUUAUUCAUGAAAGCAUCUGAAAAGGUAUUUCACAAUGCAGGAAAUCUUGUCUGGAAUGAGAUAUGAAAGUCAUUUGAGAUGGUUACAUCAUGGUUUAUAUCUGAAAUGUCAGUCCUGUGUCACUGUGGUACCACUUGAGUCCUUCUGGUAGAAGCUAUGAGUUAAAUUGUGCUCAUAGGUGUGCCUGUUCAAAUUAGAAUUCCUCUUGCACGUUUGCAUACUGUUUUGUAAACAGUUCUAAACAUUUCAUAACUUCUGCACUCUAGCACAAAGUUUACCAAGCAUUAACAUCUCUAAUACUGAAAAUCAUGAUUAUCUCACAUACUAACUCAUUAAAGAAGAGUACAGAUAAGCUGAGCAAAACUAUACUGUAUUACUGUGCUAAUUUUAUUGAAGCCUGAUCUAGCUUUAUUUCUGUUAGAUCUACAUAAGCUUACAGUGCCUCAGUCCGCUACAUUUUUAAGCAACUCCUCCUGGCAACAGGAACACGUGUACAAAGAUACUGAAAUACUCAUUAGGAACAGUCCUCAGCAUCCAACACUUGGAUAUUUGCAGCUGCUCUGAUCCUAUAUUCACCAACUAUUUAUUACUGGUAACGCACACUGACUGGAGAACUAUUUCCCUUCCUUUUGCAGGCAAGACUUCAGAGGCAAAAUCAAAUACAGCAAACUUUGAGUGAUUUUUUUUUUUCUU